CUCCAAACCAACUGAACUACCUCCCUAACCCAACAACCAGACCAAAAUAUAACCAAACCAAACUCAUAAAAAUGGUUUUCAAAGCCCUCCUAUACAUAACCCGCAAACCCGGCACCACCCCCACCGAAUUCCAAACCCACUACGAAACAGUGCACAUGCCACUGAUCAAAAGACUAGCAGGCGCAGACUUCCCUCUCUCGCACAGGCGUCUCUAUCUUGCACGCCCCGCACCGGGCGAAGACAACAGUUUCCCGGCAACGGUGCUGAUUGGCUCCCAGGACGAUUUCGGCUUCGAUGCCAUUGUGGAGUUGACAUUUACGGAUGAGGCAGCGUUUAAGGUGUUCUUUGCGAGGAGACAGGAGCCUGGGACUAAGGAAUUGGUGGAUGCUGAUGAGGAGAAGUUUUUGGAUCAGACGAAGUUCAAGGCGGUUGUUUUGGGGGCGGUUCAGGAGACGACUAGUUAGUUACUGAUGCAUCGAAUCUGUUUCUAUAUGUGAAGAUAUUUGAGGGUUAUCAAAAUGGCUAUAUUAGUAUGAGGGAUAUAAGUGACAUAAGGGCACAGGUGCGGAAUCAGCCUUGUCCGUUGGAAAGCCGAUAACCAAAGCUAGUGAUGGCACUUUAGUUAGUCGUACUAGUGCGAGAGCACCAUCUUAGCGCCGUUGGUGUUUUAGGGUCCAGUUACUAAUUAAUAUACAUAUAGCGCCGUUGGUUUGUUUACCCAAAUGGCCCCCACCUUCAUUUUCUGAUUUCUCUCCCUGAAAAUUUCCAACGAUUCAGUCGUGUCAUGAGAUAUCUUCAUGCUGGUUACAGUUGGGUGCUAGCACCAAGCUCAUCUCCACACA